AUGUGUGGAAUUAUCGCGCUUCUGCUAUCGAAUCCCGAUAUAUUGGCAAGUGUCGAACUGUUCGAGGGAUUGCAAAUAUUGCAACAUAGAGGACAGGAUGCGGCAGGUAUCGUGACAUGCGGACAUAAAGGACGUCUUUAUCAAUGUAAAGGGAAUGGAAUGGUGAGGGACGUUUUUGAUCAGGAAAACUUACAGAAUUUGAUUGGAAGUCUCGGUAUCGGUCAUGUUCGCUAUCCAACCGCUGGAACGUCUUCCAAUUCUGAAGCGCAACCUUUUUAUGUGAAUAGUCCAUACGGAAUAGUUUUGGCACACGUAUGUAAAGAACUGGAUAAAAAUGGAAAUCUUGUUAACGCAGAAGAAUUAAAGAACUCACUGGACGUUAAGGCACACCGUCAUAUCAACACUGACUCUGAUUCCGAAUUACUUUUGAACACAUUUGCCGACAAUUUACAGCAAACCGGCAAAUUCAGAAUUUACGAAGAAGACAUCUUUACGGCCAUAAAAGGACUUUACGAACAAUGUACAGGUGGUUAUGCGUGUGUUGCUAUUAUUGCAGGUUUCGGUAUUAUUGGGUUUCGUGACCCACAUGGAAUUAGACCAAUAUGUUAUGGAACUCGGCUAAACCACGAGGGUUUUGAUUUUAUGUUUGCGUCAGAGAGUGUCGUGUUGGAUGCUUUAGGUUUCACAGACAUUAGAGAUAUAAAUCCUGGCGAAGCUGUCAUCGUAACGAAGCAAGCUAUAACAAAACGUAUACUAGUGAAUUGGGGAGAGCUCACACCAUGUAUAUUUGAAUAUGUAUAUUUUGCACGUCCUGAUUCAGUCAUUGACGGAAUUUCCGUAUAUCGCUCGAGGUUAGAAAUGGGUGAGCAUUUAGCCGAUCAAGUUGUGAAAAAAUGCGGCAAAAAUUUGGAUAUUGACGUCGUCAUUCCGGUUCCUGACACAAGUCGUGUAGCUGCUCUUCAAGUGUCACACAAAUUGAAGAUUGCGUAUCGUGAAGGAUUCAUAAAAAAUCGUUAUGUAGGGCGUACAUUCAUAAUGCCCGGACAACAAAUGCGUCGAAAGAGUGUUCGACGUAAAUUGAAUGCCAUGGCUUUGGAAUUUGUCGAUAAAAAUGUUUUAAUAGUUGAUGAUUCAAUCGUUAGAGGUACAACUUCCAAAGAGAUUGUCCAAAUGGCACGCGACGCCGGCGCAAAAAAAGUGUACUUCGCUUCAUGUGCACCUCCGAUUAGGUAUCCUAAUGUUUAUGGUAUAGAUAUGCCAUCUCGACGGGAGCUUGUGGCAUUUGGUCUUGACGAUGAUUCAAUUGCCAAAGAGAUAGGUGCGGAUAUGGUAAUAUAUCAGGAUCUUAAUGACUUGGUUACUUCUUGCCAGAAGUUCAACCCAAAUAUUGCAGCAUUUGAUUGUUCUGUAUUUAAUGGUCAUUAUGUUACCGGCGGGGUUACAAAUGAAUACUUGGAUCGUUUAGAAAGGUCUCGUAGUGAUUUGGCAAAAUCGUCUAGAGAAAACCUUCAUUCUCCUGAUACUAUUGGAUUACAUAAUUUUCGUUAUACAUCUUCACAAGCAUCAUUAGAGCGAAAUGGUCGGAAUGGUGUUAAAGGUGUUAAUGGAUCAUUACAAUAUUAG